GUCAGAUAUUUUCAUGAGCAGAGGUCGUGUGGUACAGACACGCAAUGACUAACGCGUUGUCAGCCCAGGACAUGGCCACGUCCACCCCGAGUGUUGCAGCACCCAAACAGGAAUCAGACGAUGAGCUUGGGUGCAUGUACCCGCCAUGGCUGGUCGUCAUCGUGCUGGUCGUCAGCGCUGUCAUCGUGACGACGGCGGUGGGUAACGUCCUGGUCAUUACGUCGUACGUCCGUGACGUGCGCGUGCGGCGUGACGUAUACAGCCUGUACCUGUUACACCUGGCGCUGUGCGACCUGCUCGUCGCUGUGGUCAGCAUGCCUCUCUACCUGGCCUCCACCGUGUGCCACCUCACCUGGCCCCUGGGGGCCGCCAUGUGCAAGGUGUUCCUGUUGGAGGACUUCACCACCUGCACCAUGAGCACCCUGGUGGUCGUGCUCAUCUCCGCUGACCGACUUGCCCUCGUCCGCCUCGGUGCCCGCUACACCACGGUGCACACUCGGUGCCGUGCUUACGUCAUGCUGGCCGUCUGCUGGGCAGCAGCCUUCCUCUUGUACUCGCCUCAUCCUCCUGUGGGAUGCCAUCUCGGUGUCUCGGUGGACUCCCAACACGUCUGUGACACCGGGUUCUCCGCUAACUUCUACUUCACUCUUGUGACAGAAGUUCUCGCUUUCUCCGUGCCCUUCUCCCUUCUGACCAUCAUCAAUGCCAAACUCCUAUUUACCUUGAGGAACCGCAACAAGGUCAGGCAUUCCGUGUCCAACGCCGCUACACGAAGCCGAGCAGGUCCUGGUCACCUAGGCAACGCCCUGCCAUCAGUCUUUCAGGUCGGCGCUUUUCAGGAAAGUCAGGCUCCAAAUGCCCCUACUUACCUGUCAACCAGAUGCUGCUGCACCUGCACCAAGAAGUCCAGACCCAACUGGCUCCGGUCGACCAAUCACGAGCAGCGACACAAAGGUAAUAGAGUGGCCAGCAUCUCUAUUCUGCUGGUGGUGGCGCUGGCGAUCUGCUGGCUGCCCUACUCCCUGGCCACCAUCGUGAGGUCAUCUUGUGGAGACUGUGUCAACACCUUCCUGUACGAGGUCUUCACCUGGAUGCUGUGGCUCAAAUCCUGUGUCAACCCAUUCCUCUACGCUUUCAUUUCUCCAAGGUUUCGAAGAAACAGUUUGCAGGUGCUUCUUGCAGUGCCACCUGUCAGGUUUCUGUUCAGGCGAAGGUAGGGCUUUGGU